UUUGGCUUCUCCUUGAUGGUAAGAGUGAGUUUAGGAGAUACAUUUUCUCAAUAUUUACAGGCUGAAGCUCGGUUAAGAAUAGUGGACACUCUGCAGCACCUUGACCUAGGCACAACAGAAAAGUGCGUGAGAAUCAACUCGGUGUCCAGUGGUCUGGCGGAAGCUGACCUCGAGACAUUUCUGCAGGCCAGAGUUCUUCCCUCUACUCUGAUGUUGCCAAAGGUGGAAGGGCCUGAAGAAAUCCAGUGGUUUUCAGACAAAUUUUCAUUCCACUUAAAAGGCCGAAAACUUGAACAACCAAUGAAUUUAAUCCCCUUUGUGGAAACUGCAAUGGGUUUGCUCAAUUUUAAGGCAGUGUGUGAAGAAACACUAAAGAUCGGGCCUCAAGUGGGUCUUUUCCUAGAUGCAGUCGUUUUUGGAGGAGAGGAUUUUCGAGCCAGCAUAGGUGCAACAAGCAACAAGGACGCCCAAGACAUCCUCUACGCCCGACAGAAGAUUGUCGUCAUAGCAAAGGCCUUUGGCCUACAAGCCAUAGAUCUCGUGUACGUUGACUUCCAGGAUAGAGAUGGACUUCUCAGACAGUCCAGAGAGGGAGCCGCCAUGGGCUUCACUGGUAAACAGGUCAUCCACCCUAACCAGAUCUCAGUGGUGCAAGAACAGUUUACUCCAACCCUGGAAAAAAUUCAGUGGGCUGAAGAACUGAUUGCUGCCUUCAAAGAGCACCAGCACUUGGGAAAGGGAGCCUUUACUUUCCGAGGAAUUAUGAUCGACAUGCCAUUACUGAAGCAGGCCCAGAACAUUGUUACGCUUGCCACAUCCGUCAAGGAAAAAUGAUCUGUUCAAUGAAGCCCUCCUCGGGCGGGCUGAGCGGAUGCCGUGGGUUUCUAAAAGACGAAUCACAGUACCCGGGGCACCUCGCUAGCA